UUGGUGAUGGGGCAUGAUUGUGUUGUUGCCCAAUAGUGACAGUGUUGUUGUUGUCAGUUGUAGCAGUUCCAUGACAUUUAUCGCUUCGCCAAAGCUCGCAUCUCCAGUGACGUUUAUUUUCUUUUCCAUCUUUAUACUUUGUGUAAAUGUAUUCUCCGUAAAUUAAUUUUUCGCAACCCUUAUUUGACUUUAUAAAUGAUGC